UGAGGGGUUUGAACCAAUACUCCCAAGUCAUGGGCAUUCGAUGUUGUAUAAGAGAGAGAGUCAAGUCUACCCAAAGUUGCAGGCAGGGGAAGGUGAAUUUCCACAGUUGUUAAGGAUUCAAGUCCUAUAUCUGGGGUCUCUGGGCAAGGCAGGAGGUGGAGCAUGUGGUGGACUCAGCAUAGAAUUUACAGAGAACAACCUACCCUUAUCUUUCCCCUUUGAACUCUGAUUACAGGAAAAUGCACUGAUGAACAUGAAAGUAGAAAAGGAAAAGACAGAAAAACCUCCACCCUCCAAACCAAAAACUUCACCCUCUAAACCAAAAGCCCUCCCUAAAAAGGAAGGUGAAGAACAGAAAACUAUAAAGAUUCAGGCCUGGUGGCGGGGCACCCUGGUGCGCAGGACACUGCUGCAUGCAGCACUCAGAGCGUGUAUCAUUCAGUACUGGUGGAGACAGAGGCUGGAAGGGCUACUGGAGAAGAAGCGAUUGUCUGUGCUGGAGUAUUAUGCUCGGGAAAAAUGGGCAGUGAUCAAGCUACAGUCGUGGGUUCGCAUGUGGCGCGUCCGGGUUCGUUAUUGCCGUUUGCUCCAUGCUGUCCGCAUCAUCCAAGCCUACUGGCGCUGGCAUAAUUGCCAUACCCGUGGCAUUUUUAGGGGCAGCUAUGAACUCACAGCGAGCCAGCUAGGACUUGAGCUUGAGAUCUGUCUGGAAUCACACAUCUGUCGGAUUACGGACUGUAUCCCCUUCCCAAUAAAGAACUGAUCUGGUCGGCUCCAA